GACGUGUAUAUGCAGCAAAUGCGGCCAGCUACCUCUCCCCCUCUGAAUGGGCGCGUCCGGCCGGCUUCUUCCGGGACACUACGCGUGUGUACAGAAUGCCUACAAAAAGAAGACGUGUCCAAGCCACGGAUCAAGAAGAGACUGUCGAGAAGAAGGUGUCUAGAAUUCUGAAUGAAAAUGAUUCAGUCUCUAGCAAAUACUUCCAGAGCAAGAAAAUGCGCCUUUUAUCUGACUUCUACAAUAAGCCCUGCAUUGAGCUGGCAAAAUCUUUCCUGGGACAGGUUUUGGUCCGGAGGCUCCCAGAUGGGACAGAACUUCGUGGGAGGAUUGUAGAAACAGAAUCUUAUUUAGGAGGGGAAGAUGAAGCUUCACAUUCCAGAGGAGGAAAAAGGACAGAAAGAAAUGUAGCAAUGUUCAUGAAGCCUGGGACCAUAUACGUCUAUCAGAUAUAUGGCAUGUAUUUCUGUAUGAAUGUUUCCAGUCAGGGAGAUGGAGCUGCAGUCCUUCUGCGCUCAUUGGAGCCAAUGGAAGGUCUUGAUACAAUGAGAGUGUUCAGAAAUGUCAAAAGAAAUGUACAGAAGCCACUAAAAGAUAAAGAACUUUGUAAUGGACCCUCAAAGCUUUGCCAGGCAUUUGCUAUUGAAAAGAGUUUUGACCGCCACGAUCUUACAGACGACCAGAACACGUGGCUAGAAGCUGGGCCAGAAAUUCUGGAGGAGGACAUUGUAUCUUGUCCACGGAUAGGGAUUAGUAAUGCCGGAGAUUGGACUCGUAAACCUCUGCGAUUUUAUAUUAAAGACAACGAGUUUGUAAGUGUGCGAGACAAAGCUGCAGAGACUAGUAGUGUAAAUGCAUAGGAACAUUAAUUUAACUGAAUGAAAAGUAACAUAAAACCUGGUGAAAUAAAUCAUAGAACAGUCAGAGAUUUUCUGCUGUGUAAACAUUAGUAAAACGAUAGCAUAGUAACUAAAGGUAAAACCGAUAUUCUAUGAUAUUCAUGUUCUAUGUAUAUACUGUAUAUUUUAUGUUUUAGAUAUGAAUUCACUUUAUAAACAUAUUAAAGGGGUACUCCGCCCCUAGACAUCUUAUCCCCUAUCCAAAGGAUAGGGGAUAAGAUGUCUGAUCGCGGGGUCCUGCUGCUGAGAACCCUCGCGAUCUCUUCUGCGGCACCACCUGUCAUCUGGUGCACAGAGCGAGUUUCGUUCUGUGCCUGAUGACUGGCAAUGCAGGGGCCGGGGGAUCGUGACUUCACGCCCCGUGCCAUUACGCCCCCUCCCAUAGACUAGCAUUGAAUGGGUGGGGCGUGACGUCUUGAUCCUCCGGCCUCUGCAUCGCCAGUCAUCAGGCACGAAGCGAAGCUCGCUCUGUGCACCAGAUAACCCGGGGUGCUGCAGGAGAGAUUGCGUGGGUUCCCAGCUGCGGGACAUCACGAUCAGACAUCUUUGGAUAGGGGAUAAGAUAUCUAGGGGUGGAGUACCCCUUUAAGUGCUCCAUGUAGAAGAAUUGUUAGACAGGGGCUAUAUGCAGUACCAGAUUCACAUCUCAGGAACAUAUAGGUGGAGAUUUAUUAAAACGUAGCCCAUAGCAAUCAGAUUGCCUCUUUAAGAGGUCUUUUUGAAAAAUGAAGAUUGGUUGCUAUGGGCAACUGGCCAAAUUUUCCUCUGCUUAGGUUUUGAUAAAUCUUCUGUCUGGUCUUUUACUCUCAUUAAGUAGACUGCACCUGAAAGGAAAUAUAUAUUAGAAACUGACCUAGUGUUUAAUUCAGGACUUAAUGUUAAAUAUAUGUUUUUUUUAAGAAUAUUAGAUUUUUUUUAUUUGCUAUCCCACUACAACUUAAAUCUAGUAGUUUAGACGGUUUUCACCAUAGUCAUGUACAGAAAAUAGAAAACAAAAUUGACAAUCACAUAAUAAAACAGAUUAGAAAAGAAUUUGUUUUAGUGUCUGGAAUUAAUUAGUAAAAAAAAAAGUUAUUUAUGACUUUAUAAAUUUAUGUGCUCUUCUCAUCUCUGCAGCCUUCCCAUUUUACACCUUUCACACCAAGAGCUCUUAAUAACCAUGUAAAUACCCAUAGUCACUGUGUUCAUGGACAUGGCAUGACAUAACAAAGCCCUGGCUUCUGUGACCGUAACGCCGGCCCGGAGAUCGCAGGGUGUCCCAGCGGCUGGACCCCCCCCACAAUCAGACAUGUUAUCCCUAUCCUUUGGAUAGGAGAUAACAUGUGUAGGGGCAGAGUACCCCUUUUAAAGUGAGCCCGUCAGUA